AUGCUGCGAAAUCAGUUGAGCGAAGCUGCUCACUUACAGCCUCCCGUGGAGCCCAAGGAUGGCAAUACUGAGGAGGACGGACUAGGCGUGGCUGAACCACGAGCAGCAUCACGAUCUCCUUCAAAGGGACGCUCUUUGUCUCUCUCCGACCGAGGCCCUCCAACACUUUCUCCCUCCCCCAAAUUUCGAGAACCAGAGAAGCGGAAGUCAAAAGAUGACAGUGCGAUCACCGAGAGCCCAACAACCCCGCGCCGGCCGGUCUUCCCACCUCGAGGUCUCUCAUUGCAGAUGCCCGCUCGCGAUCUCAUGUCUCCCAACACAUCCGCGUAUAUCAGCCGUGUUCCGUUGUCACCAAAGCUCGAUCAUUCUCAAACAUAUGGCUCGCCCACAAGCGUCCUUCCGCGGCGGUCACGGGGCUUGGACUUUUCGCGAGCCGCGACCAAUCUUCACCAUUCAACCCUCGCCGAACAAUCAUCACCAGACUCAUCGCCAACCAUAGGGGGAAGGGCAAUGAAUAUUCCUAAUCGGAAGAAUGGUGUUCAUUAUACCAGUGGCUCGGACGCGAUGACCAAUAACCCCAGUUCGCUAUGGUCAACCAUGGCGAAUGCCGAUCGAGUGGGGAUAUCGAGCUCUUUAGGCAGUGUGAAAAUGAUGGGAUCCGAUUCAUCUAGCAACAGUUCUGAUGACGAUGAUCUUGACCUGAUGGAUGCUGACGAUAUCGACGAUUCGAUCCUUACAACCCCCCAAAUAGGCAAAAUGAGUACACCUUUUGGUGCGAUACCCCAACCAAGUCCUGGGAGCGGUUGGAUGGGGCAAUCACCGGCAGUCAGCAGUCUUAUGAAUUUCCAGCGCGCUCGAUAUAGACAUGGGAAGAGUAAGAGUUCAAGCAGCGGGUGCGGGAGUGGAAUGCGAAGUCGCAGCUCUAAGUCCCCACCUACGAUGCGAAAUAUGGAACAUAUGAAUCUUAACCGUGAUAUGGCGUCAGAUGGCCCUCGUUCGAGAAGAGAAAGUAUCAGUUGGGCAGCAAAUCAGCUGAAUAUAUCUGGAAGCGAGAGCGAUGACGGGACGUUAAAAUCUACGCUGGAGAAUGCCGAUGGCUUACCUGUAACUCCAGGUCGAGAUGGACAAAGAGGGGUCAUCCGUAGAGCCGUAACAAGGAGGGGAAAUAUGCUGCCAAAAACUAAAGGUUUUGCUCGCAUCAGAGCGGCUCUUGCGGAAGAAGGCGCACCAGUGGAAACCGAAGUUCGUCGGGAGGCCGAAGUAGUCCGCCAAACCCGCGAAGCCGAUGUUGAGCUUGAACCGACUAGGCAUCCCUCAUUAUCUACGACUACAACGUCACAAUCCUCACCGAAUCUGGGGCCUACAACCCAAGAAUUACUUGAAGGCAUACCUGAAGAUGAUAUGAUGGCGGAUAUCUCAUCAGGUUUCUCGAGCAGCUUUCAACAACAUGCCAUGCGUAAUUCUAAAGGCAAGGAGUUUUGGGACACCUUUGCAGAUGAAAAGAAUCGCACUCCGCCACCACCACAAUUCCUUCCUCGUGGCUCCAUCGCAGUAAGUGACGAUGCAAUGAUCGAUUCGCCGACACCAUCGAUACCCAGAACUACCUCUACGUCAGAAAACCACACUUCAUCACCAUCAAGAUCUUCUACCCCCCAAUCUGGAACUCUCCCCACCACCGCGGAAAUUACUCAGAAAGUGAACAAGAAGAGGCGGCGAGAUGACGAUUUCGACCCCACCAGUUUCAAACGAAGGGCGGUGAGUCCGGGAAUGAGUGUGCAUAAUAGCCCUGUUAUUCAGAGUCCUAUGCAAAGGGACGUCACCCCCUGGGGAGCUCGACCGCCUAGCAAUGGGGAGACCGGUAAGGUAGGUGGGAAUGGCGGGCCUCAUAAACGGGUUGGAUUUCAGGGGAUGGUUGACACCAAUGAUAGCUUGAUGAAGAUGAACAUCGAGUGA